AUGGCAGCAAGCGAUGUGAUGAGCGGGGCUGUGGACCCGGAGACACUAUAUACCAAGCAGAGCUGCAUCGGCGGAGGGAGCUUUGGAAAAGUAUACAAAGGGGUCGACAAGCGGACAGGCCAGUCCGUGGCGAUCAAAGUGAUAGACGUCGAGAAUGCGGAGGAUGAGGUCGACGACAUAAUACAGGAGAUCUCAAUCCUUUCGGAACUCCACUCGCCGUAUGUCACCAAGUACUAUGGCUCAUACCUGAAGGGGUCGGACCUGUGGAUCAUAAUGGAGUUCUGCUCCGGCGGUAGCUGCGGCGAUCUGAUGAAGCCUGGGUUGAUACCUGAGGACUACAUCACCAUCAUUGUUCGGGAGUUGCUAAUGGGACUGGAGUACCUUCACGGGGAUAAGAAACUGCACAGAGAUAUCAAGGCUGCGAACAUACUACUCGGAUCCAAUGGCCAGGUUAAGCUAGCUGACUUUGGCGUCUCCGGUCAGCUAUCAGCGACUAUGACGAAGAAGAACACGUUUGUGGGGACUCCAUUUUGGAUGGCGCCUGAAGUGAUCAAGCAGUCCGGCUAUGACCAUAAAGCGGACAUUUGGUCCCUCGGGAUCACCGCACUAGAACUCGCACACGGAGAACCGCCGUACUCGGACAUCCAUCCGAUGAAGGUACUCUUCUUGAUACCGAAGAACCCGCCACCGACGCUGGAAGGCGAUUUCAGCAAACCCUUCAAGGACUUCGUGGAGCUGUGUUUGAGGAAAGAACCAAGGGAGAGGCCAUCAGCGAAGGAACUGUUGCGGCAUCCGUUCGUGCGGAGGGCGAAGAAGACUACGUAUCUUACAGAGCUCAUUGAGCGUCAUGAGCGGUGGCAAGCAAGGCAUGGAAACAAGAGUCAUGAGGAGGAUGAUGAAAUGGACGAGGAGCCAGUAAGGAGGACGCCCGAAGAGGAAGACCUUUGGGACUUUGGUACCGUAAGGCCGCUGGGCGGCCGAGGACCGGGGUUGAGGACGAUGAACGCGGCGGCGGCGAAUGCGAGAAGUAACCAGACAUCUCCUGGCGAUCAGGUUCCUUCAUCGCCCACUAAGCCCAGCACUCCGCGCGAAGGAAUAGAGAACGACAGUCGUCCGUCCAACGGGACAAUACGAGUAACGAACGCGGCUCCACCACCUCCGCUCUCACCGCCAAAGCGCAACGUGCCUACCUUGCUAACGCCGAUAUCGCCAACGGCGGCCGCAAAGGUACCGCUCCCUCCAUCACCAAUCAAGUCCUUAGUCUCGCCGUCAACCGAGUCUCCAACCCGAAAACCCCUCCCGCAGCCGCAAAUCACGAAGCCCCUUUCCUUCGAGUUCGACGAGUACCUCCAGCGCUCCAUCGCCCACGACAUGGCAUCUUUGACCCUCUCCCCUAACGAACAACCCCAAUCGCCGCCGAAGCCUCCACCCUCACUUCUCCGCUCGCCAGUGGAGCUCCCGCCAAUACCGCCGUUCAAGGGCCAGAGUAAACUGCUCACUCCAGACCGGCCGCAGAGCACGCAGCAAGAAAAGGCGCUACCGCCGAUCAUGCAACAGCCUCUAGCUUCGUUCCUCAUGCCCCUUCCACAGGUCACGCGCAAGCCUGCGCCCGCGAUGCCUCAGCUGCCACAACAGCUGCCGCCGACCGCCUCCUCGUCUUCUGCAUCAUCGGCGCGGAGUUCGCUCGAUUCGAAUAGGGAUGUCUUUCAACCCCAGCAGCAACCGCACCAGCCUCAACAACAACAACAACCCGAAAUCACAGCCUUAACCGGCGUCGUCCUCCCCGCCCUCGAAGCCGCACUCUACCGACGAACCAAGAACCUCAACGCGGUGCAAAAGUCCUCAUCGCUCUCUAAUGCUUCGUCCUCCUCAAGACAUCCAGCCGAUAGGGAUCUCCAGCAUCGACGCGCGCAGGCACACGAGAAUGUGCGUAGGCUGGUCGCCAAGGCGACAAAGAUCUUUGCCGAGAUCGACCACUGGGAUAAUCAGCAGCCCGUGGGCAUGGGAGAUGAGGUACAAGGUUUCUUGGAGGGUUUUUUGGAGGAGGUGCUUGUGAGGGUUGAGGCGGAGGAUGAGUGA